AUGAUUUUCCUUCUCCAACUAAUCGUUGUUGUUGUAGUCUUGAUCUCUCAUGAACAUGAAGCCAUAGCACAGUUUGUACCACCUUAUUCUUCUGUAGUUAUGCCAGUAAACAAACAUACCGAUGCUGCUAAGCCUCUCUAUAGCGUUGAAAUCAUGACAUCAUACGUAAACAUGCAAUACAUGCGCGCAAAAUUCCUUAUAGACAUGGAUGCUCCUUUCAUAUGGCAUGAUUGCAUCCUGAAAUGGAACACAUUUCAAGACAGUUGCCCCCCCAACACCCUUUGCACCUAUCCGGUUUCAUGCGAAGAAUAUCAAUGCACAGAUGUGCGAACUACUUAUUCAUACGAAAAUCCUUCCUGUCCUCCGGUAAACAAUGGUUCCACAUUGCCUGGUUGGGGUUAUUGUACAUGCCCAGUCACAGUGGUUGACCCUGUUACAGGAUCUUGUGGUGAAGCCAUGCUUGACUACGACGAGUUCACUGUAAACACAAGCAAUGGUAGAAACGUUUUUACUGGUUUAUAUGGUGCUUACCCUAAUGCUGCUUGUGCUCCUUCUUCGUCAUUUGCAUCAUUUCCUGCGAAUGUUAGCGGGGUCAUGGCACUUUCAUCCUCACCUUACGCAUUUCCAGCUUAUUUAUAUCAGCCACUGAGUAGAAUCAUAGCUCUUUGUUUGCCUAGCACAUUGUCAUCUUCUGGCCUUCUAUUUUAUGGAAAUAGUUCUUAUCACCUUCUCCCACAAUCAAAUGUCGACAUAAGGAGUUUACUUUCUUACACUCCCUUAAUAAAGCGUCCAGGUUCUUUUGGAUACUUUAUUGGUGUCAAUGCCAUUGUAAUAAAGACGAGAUCUAUCCAACUUCUUGAGAAUACCACUACCAAGCUUAGUACUAUUGACCCUUACACCACUAUGAGAACUGACAUUUAUAAGUGGGUGGUUCGAAGGUUCUCAUUGGUUACAAAACGAAUCCCUCUUGCAGCGCCAGUUGCACCAUUUGGCCUUUGUUUCAGCACCUUCACCAACGGUACCCGAGUCAGUCUAAGAGUUCCAGACAUUGAUAUCAGUAUCAAUGAUGGGAAGAAGUGGAGUAUAUCUACAGCUAACUCCAUUAAGCAAAUAACGGAAGAUGUGGCGUGUCUAGCGUUUGUUGACGGUGGUGCAACAAGUGAACCUGCAAUUGUGAUUGGAACAUUUCAGUUUGAGGAUAACUUUCUGAUGUUUGAUUUAGAGAACUCGACUUUUGGGUUUAGUUCUUCGUUGUUACGUAAGAAGACUUCUUGUUCAAACUUCAACUUUACGUUAACUGAAAGCAACUAAAGCUGUUGGGAAAAGGCAUAGUAUAUGGAAAUGGAUACGUUUCCGUCCAUGAUUGCUUAUCUAAUAAAGACU